GCAAGCAUGGGCAGGGGAGGGUGAGAUGCAAGAUAGAGUGACUAGCAUCAAUGCUGGGUAAUGGUAGUGGCAGACAAGCUACUCCAAAUGGCAGAAAAUGGAGGGGUUGUAUCCAUACCACAUAGGGAGGGAGGAUCUUAAUUAGUAUUUUGUUUCUUAGCAGCUGCUGGUAUGUCAGAGGCUUGGAAUUGGCAACAUCUAAAGCUGCUGUAGUUACUGACCUCACCCAAGUUCCAAGGGCUCUUCCUGAGCCUCAGAGCUAAAAUACUCUGGAGCACUUUCCUAUUGGCUGGGAAGACCAACUGAAGUUCCCUUGCCCAUGUUUGGAGGUGGACGCCUCCUGAACUAAAGAUAGAAACAGCUGGCCCUUCUAGGCAGCUAAAAGCCUUCAGACUUAAGAGGUGUUCCCCACUCUGCAGCCAGACUCCUUGAAAUACCCUUUGAGUAAGCUCAACCAACGCUUCCAUGUCUCUGCUCUGCCAUAACAAAGGCUGCGGGCAACACUUUGACCAUAAUGUCAAUCUCCCUGAUUCCUGUCACUAUCACCCUGGGGUCCCAAUCUUCCAUGAUGCACUUAAGGGUUGGUCCUGCUGCCGAAAGCGAACUGUAGAUUUCUCUGAGUUCUUAAAUAUCAAGGGCUGUACUGUGGGACCACACUGUGCUGAGAAGCUUCCUGAGGGCCCUCAGCCUGAAGGCCCUGCCACGAGUUCGCUUCAGGAGCAAAAACCUCUGAAUACAAUUCCAAAGUCAGCAGAGACCUUGCUCCGAGAAAGGCCUAAGGCAGAGAUGCCUCCGAAACUGCUGCCACUUAUUAUUUCUCAAGCCCUGGGAGUAGCAUUGGAACAGAAGGAACUAGACCAGGAACCUGGAGCAGGACUUGACAGUAGUCUGAUCUGGACUGGUUCCAGCUGCCAGAACCCAGGAUGUGAUGCUGUUUACCAAGGUCCUGAGAGUGACUCUGCUCCAUGUACCUACCACCCAGGGGCACCUCGGUUUCAUGAGGGGAUGAAGUCUUGGAGCUGUUGUGGUAUCCAGACUUUGGAUUUUGGGGCAUUCCUGGCACAGCCAGGAUGCAGAGUUGGUAGACAUGACUGGGCAAAGCAGCUGCCAGCUUCUUGCCGCCAUGAUUGGCACCAAACAGAUUCCUUGGUAGUGCUGACUGUAUAUGGCCAGAUUCCACUUCCUGCAUUUAACUGGGUGAAAGCCAGUCAAACUGAGCUUCAUGUCCACAUUGCCUUUGAUGGUAACCGCGUGUUCCAAGCCCAAAUGAAGCUCUGGGGGGAUAACAGCAACUGUCCCAAAAUCCUGAAGAGAAAGAAGGGAUUGGCCUAACAGGGGCUGCAGGAAAAUGAAGAAAGGAGAAACACAGGGAUACAUGAAAAAGCUGGGAUCUGGUGGACCACUAAGCUCUCGGGUGGAGAAACUGCAGCAUCCUGGAAGUUCGGUGCAUUUAUUAUAUACAGUUGAACUGGAGGUAGGCUAUUACAUACAGCUGCAUAAGGAGGCAGGUUAACUAAUCUUGGGUUAGGAGCACGUUCUGUAGGGGAGCAGUCUUCAGUCAUAAGUAUCUAGGGGAGAAAGCUCCAGUGGACAUGUUCCGCACACAGUAUCAACAUUUGUACUUAAGCAAGAGAAAGGCUUUGCUAUCCCACUGAACCUUACCCAGGAGAAAGGCUCGACCAUUUGUCUGAGACUAGAGUCCUUGACAUGGCCAGCUCAUGGUAGCAACACACUCCACUCAGGACUUCACACACUCAGGGUUUCCUCUUCUCUCCACAUGUCACCUACUUAAAAUCCUAUAUGCUAGGCAUGGUGAUACACCUUUAAUCCUAGCACUUGCAAGGCAGAAAUAGUUGCAUCUUUACGAGUUUGAGGCCUGUUUGGUCUACAUAGUGAGUUCUAGGUCAGGCACAACUAUACAGUGAGACUGGCUUUUUAAAACUAAAAGCUGGCUGGACGUGGUGAUACACUUUAAAUCCCAGCACUCGGGAGGCAGAGGCAGGUGGAUCUCUGUGAGUUUGAGGCCAGCCUGCUCUACAGAGUGAGUUCCAGGACAGUGAGAGUUACAUGAUAGAGAGAUCCUGUCUCAACAAAAAGCUAUGUAUAUUUCAUUCCUGUAUGAGUAUAUAUGCCAUUCGUGGCCGCUGUCCAGUUGUUUACUAAAAAAAACAUCAUUGGGAAAAUUCUAAGGAUGAUCUUUAUCAUAUGAGUUGAAAUAUUUCCUGAAUUGCUCUCCCCUUUUCUUCCCCACCUCUCUCCACUUACAGAGAUCCACCAAACUCAUUCUGUAUUUCUUUUAUAAAAAAGAGUUUUUUCAGGCAGUGUACUGUUUUAGUAAUUUGAAGUAUAUAAAUAUUAAAUAUUGCUUACUACUGAGUUUGCCUAUGUAAGUGCCAAUGAGUUUGCUCAUGAGAGGGAAUCCUACCCCACUUGUCCUUUUGUAUCUGACUUCAUUCACUUAGCAUGUUUCAAGGUUGAUUCAUGUUCUCUACUUCUACCUUCGGAACUAUUUCCAAAUAACAAAGUUUCUUUAAAUUUUUUACAUGUAUUUUGUGUAUGUGCAUGUGUACAUGUGUGUUUGUUACAAUGUGCAUAUGGAGGUCAUAGGAUAAUUUGCAGGAAUUGGUUCUCACUUCCCACCAAAUGGGUCCAAGGGAUUGCAUUAUCUGAUUUGUCAGCAAGUACAUUUACCCUCUGAACCAUCUCACUGGCCCCAAGGUUUCUUUUUAAAACCUAAGUAGUGUUUCAUUCUGUGCACAUAAAUUAUCUUUUCCCUUAUCUAUUCAUCUGUUUAUGUAUGCUUAGACUGAUCUCUACAAUUUGGCUAUUGUGAAUAGUGCUGCAAUUACUGUAUUUUCUCAAUUAUAAUUAAAUUCAAUGAAGCAGGGAGCAGAAUGGUGAUAAGUAGAUGCUGAGAGGGGUAGAGGAAAUGGGGAGAUGAUAGGCAAAGGUCUGAUGUCUCAAUUAGAAUGAAUAAGUUUAAUUUUCUUUGAGAUGAAUUAUAUUGUCUGUUGAAUGUAGUAAACAGUGGUGUGCUGUACAUUUCAAAAUGGUUAAGAAGCCUGAGCAUGUAUGUAACUCAGUGAUGGAGUGCUUUUGUAGCAUGGAUAUUUCACAUGUAAAGCACUGAGCUGCAACCCCAGCACCAGGACCACAGUUUUCAUUACUGAAGUGAUGUGGGAUUCCCUCUGUGUACUGUGAAUAUGUUUUAUUACCAUUGGUUAAUAAAGAAGCUGCUUUGGCCUUUGACAGGCCGGAAAGUCAAACUGAAUACAGGGAGAAAGAAGGCAGAGUCGAGGGAGAUGCCAAUAGCUGCUGGAGAAGCAAAAUGUGAGGUGACAAGUCACAAACCUUGUGGUAAAUAUAAAAUAGAAAUGGGUUAACUUAAGUUGUGAGAGCAAGUUAAUAAUAAACUUGAACUAAUAGGCCAAACAGUUUGUAAUUAAUAUUAAGCCUCAGAGUGGUUAUUCGGAAACUGACGGGCGGGAGAGAAACCUCCAGUUACACUAAAGCUUUGCAGAGACUUUUGAAAUCCAGAAGUUUGAGGGGGCUGGUGAGAUGGCUCAGUGGUUAAGAGCACUGACUGACUGCUCCUCCAGAGGACCUGGGUUCAAUUCCCAGC